UGUAGCUUAAUUUUAGAAACUGAAAAAACGCAGGAGUAGUGCGCUUGAGUUCAUUCCUCUCUCUUACAGAUACAUCUUUAGUACUACUGUCAAUGAACGUUUGUUCUUUCAAGCAAACAAAAAUUCACUUCCAUUUCAUUUCUUGACCAUCCUGACUUUUUCAAUUGGAUCAUUUCUUUCUAUUUUCAUUUGUUUCUAACAUUGCCUAUCCUUAGAAAACUCGCUUUCCAUAAUUAGUUCCUCAGACUCUUUCGUAUACCUUUGUAGUUUACAUGGAGGAAAGCAAACAAUCCAUAAAGGAACCUUUCUGCACCCAAAAGAAAGUUCAGCGUUUAAGAAUAUGAAAAUCCCAGCUAUAUAUAAUUUUCCUCCAUUUUUUACUCGCCAAGUGAAUGAAAACGCCUGGCAAUCUCAGAAAACCGCUUGGCAAAAAUGGAUCCUUAUUUGGUGCCGGGAGCAUAGAAUUACUCAGCUGAGUAUACAUGCCGAGUUACUAGAAAGCCCAUUGAUUCAUAAUGAGGCCAUUCACCGUACGUUGCCUUUACCAGUGUUUCGGGAAAUCGUAGAAGACAUGGUGAAGCAGAGUUAUGCAGAAUGGACUCAAAAGAAAGAACCAAGAGAUACGUUUUGGGUAUAUUGGCGGUCAGUUGCUGAAUGGGGAAAUAUUAUCAUAAAAUGGUUGUUUGAAACCGGAAGAGACGGUGCUGUAUGCACCUUUUAUGAAUUACAGGAACAAUGCAAGGAAGUGGAUUGCUUGGAGGAAGGUCUGCUACAGAAAGUUUUGGAGUCGUUAAUGAAAAAAGGGAACGUAGAGUUGAUGAAAGGUUCUUCUGGGAAAUACACCGGCUUUAAAGUGUUGUCCACGUCUUAGAUGAUUCGAGACAUUUAAGUUCGAACCAGAAACCUUUCCAACUAUCAUAAUUUAAACGAAACGAAAGAAACGAUCUCUGUUUUCAUAUUUUUUAGAAUAAACCAUAAGUCAAGUUCCAUUUAGAGCCCAGCCUACUAAGAUGCUUUUCUGGCAAAGGUGACUUUGACCUGAUUUCCACUGAGCGCCAUACCUGUCGUGCCGUUUUUUGCAAUGCCAGCCUCUCUUUCUGUAUCAUAUUCAACAAAGGCAAUUCCCCUGCGUCCUGGAACCAUACGAACCUCCUGGAAGCCCUGAUAUGCUUCAAAAAUCUGUGUAAGGAUUUCAGCAGUAACUUCUUGGGGAAGGUUUUGAAGUAGAAGAACUUUGUUGGGAGGAAGCAAAUCUUCGUUGAUAUUCAAUUUCCGUUCUCCUGGAGCAGUACGUUUUACGGGUUGUUUCUUAUGAGCAGGUUUAGGCGCAGGCGGUUGUAGUGCACCUGUGCGUUUUAAAUACUCUAUCAUUUGUUAAUAAGCAGUCAAUAAGACAAAAAAUAAAAAAUAACCCCGCUUUGGAAUGCACACUCAAAGCCAUUAAUCAUUCCUCCUUUUCCAAUACUGUAUAACUCUUUCUUUCUGUAGUUAAGUGUGCGACA